CGACCCGUGGUUAAGUGGAUUUAAUUCAUUGAUAAUUGUUUUAUUAUAGCAUAUUUAAUGCACAAUAAUAACUACAGAGCAACCGGAUAAACUGUAUAAUGAACCCCAAAAAUGUUAUAUAAUUUAUGGUUAUUUCAUACUACAUUCAGUGCAUAACGAUAACAGAACAACUAUACAAUGAACCAAAAAAAUCGAAACAAUAACUGCAGGACGUUUGUGUAAAACAAGUGAUUUUGGAUGAAUUUCGAGCAGAUUGUUUCCUGUUCAGAGCAUCAGAGACGAGUUUUCCUGAUAUUUUUAGGAACUUUUUACUAUACAAUUAAUCAAUGCACGCUGAUGGGUUUCCAUUAAGCCAUCACAUCUGGAGUUACAAAUGUUAAGGCUCAUUAAUAAAGUCUUUAAAUCCACCAAGUCUGCAGUUUUAAGCGCUAAUAAAUUGUAAAUAAAUGGAUUUUAGUUCAGAUCAUCUGCUGCCACAUAUGUGCCUUUAAGUUUUUUGUUAUCAAAGCGUUGCCGCCCUUAUGCUUUCACUUUCACUUUAGCUAUCAGAGCCUCUGCGUAGUUUUUGUCUAAAACUCACACUAAUUUGUUCAUUACCACGCAAACAAAACGGAAUUAGCACAUCUCUCUCUUAAGGAAAGGGAACUAAAGGUUUAAGGCCUUUUGCGGUUUUUUAAACACGCUAGAGGUUUAUGUGGUACUUUCCGAGACACCCCUUAGUGGUGCGUCAUCUUUCCAGCGUGGUAUUUAAUUCCCCUUCAUCUUGUGACUUCGGCGCAGCAAGCCAUACUAGUUUGUCAGCUACCACCACCGUUCACUCCUCGUCUACCAAACUCCAUGGCUCUCGUAAACCAACAUCAGCUGCAGGCGAUUAACCAGAUACUAGAGUCUCUGAACGGCAAUGAGCGCAGGAGGCUCCUCUACCUGUGUGGGAGCCUGGACACGGACAGCAGUGUGGCUUGUAUGAAGGAGAUGUUGCAAGGUAAAGUGAUGCGCAAUGAGACGGGAGAUCUUUAUCUGAGGGAGCUGCUGUUGCACCUCAGACGUUUUGACAUCCUCAGGAAGGUGUGUAAGACCAGCAGGGAUGAGGUGGAGAGGGCUAUGACAUACAGCCAGGUCCUGCCAAGAUUCAGAGUAUUGAUGGCUAAUAUAAGUGAAGAUUUGGGCAAUGAAGAUCUCAACAGUAUAAAGUUCUUGUUAAGCAGCACUUUACCUCGUGAGAAAAUGGAAAAAGCUAAGAGUUUCCUGGAUGUGAUAAUUGAACUUGAGAAGUUGGAUAAAGUUUCCCCUGAAAGAGUCGACUUUGUACAGGAAUGUUUAAUGAACGUCGACAGGGUUGAUCUAGCCAAAAAAGUGGCCACGUACAAGGUGUCAGUUGUGACGUCUGAACAACAUUCACCUCAACAGCAAUGGUGCAGAGUUCCUCGCCCAUUUCUGGCUCCGAAUAGUUCUCAUCUUCUACAGCAAACAAGACAAGAACAGUCCUGUCACACUGCAGAAAACAUACCAGUGUCUGUAUACAGAGCGCAGAGCUGUCAGAGUCAACUAGAGUUGUACAAAUUUAACAGUAAUCCCAGAGGAGUUUGUGUUAUCAUAGACUGCGUGGGUAAUGACGGAGACAUGUUGGAACAAACAUUUAAGGCCCUUCACUUCAAGGUAAUCCUCCACAAGUGGCUGAGUGUGGAACACAUUCUUUCAACUCUCAGAGGUAUAAUCAGUCAGAGAGAAAACCUUGAAGGUGAUGGCUUGGUCUGUUGUAUCAUUAGCCGUGGUACGACAAAUCACAUCCUGGGUACAGACUCGUACAACGUAGGUCUGCACUUGGACAACAUCAGACGUCUUUUCACUGCCGACUCCUGCCCCAAGCUGGCUGGCAAGCCCAAAGCCUUCUUCAUCCAAAGGUACAGCGUCCCAGAGUUUCAGCCGUACGCCAGGAUGCACCACCGGGAUGAAGAUCUGGAGACAGAUGGGUGCGAUAGGUUGCCCAGAUGUGAUUUGAUCCCUAUAGACGCAGAUGUGUUCUGGAGUCACUCCUGGACAGAUGAACAUCAACUGGAGCAGGGAAACCAUCGCUCCAUUUACCUGAAGGCUCUGACAGAUGCCUUACACAAAGGCCAAAGGAGAAAAACACAUCUUGUAGAUGUUCAUACAGAAGUAAAUGGAGCCAUCUUUGAAUAUAACAAAAGGAAUCCUGGAGCAACGUACCAGAUCGACCUGAAACACACACUACGGAAAGAGCUUUACCUGCAGUAGUCCUCUAGAGGAUUUGUCAUCAUCGCUCAUGAAAUCCCUCAUUACUGUUUAAAUCCAACAUAUCCACAUAUUAAUGUUAUAUAUUCACUGCCAUGUAGGAAUCUUUUUUUGUUGUUGUUGUUAGUGUGAGUAGGGUGACACCUACUGCUUAUAGUAACUCAAAACACUCUUAUUUUUUUACAGAUUAAUCAAAAGUUUUUGUAUUUUAAUAUGUAUUUAUUUAAUCUUCACUCAGUAUGUUUUUGUUUUUGUUUUUUUACACAACAGACAUUCAGAUGUAGGGUUUACAUAAAACACACACCCAGUAAGAGCUUCACAAUAGCAACAUGUCAAGUCAUGCAAGAGAGAAAAAAAACAUUUUAGAGUCAUAUAAAGCACAACAAACUCAAGACUUACUGUUCAUGUACAUCAUACAUAACUUUUGUUUUUUAAAACAUAAAUGUGAAUAGCCUCCUUCUUGCCUAAUACAGUGCAGCUAAAUAUACCUAUAUAAAUAUAAAUAUAUAUAUACAUCAAUACAUUAUUGCAUUUAAAUGUUUAAUUUAAUUUUGUUUAUUUGUUCUGAGUUGUGCAGCUUGUAUAAUGACAAUAAGGUAUUCUGUAACUUGUUUUAGUGCCAUAUAAAUAUAUAUGUUAUUUAAUAUUAACAUGUAUCUCUGAAGACAUUCUAGGCACUAACAAAUAGUGCAUGUAACUUUGUAGGCUACUGGCAUAAUUUCAUGAAGUCUAAUUUAAAUACAGAUAAGCUAUUUUAUAGUUGUAAAGAAAUUUGUAUGAAUGCUUGAAUGCUUAAUACACUCAAUAUGUUUUUACAAUAAGACUUCACUUACUUCAUCUUAUUCAACACAAUUGUUAAUUUAUGAUUUUACUUUUUUCUUUCCUUUAAAUCAUUUGUUUAUUGUAAUAAUAUUUAUGUUUCCUACGUUACAAUAAAUGUUUGUUCCACUUUGUUUCUCUUAAUAAAUCCUAAUUACUUUCAGGUUGGGUGUCAGCCCAGUCCCUAACCAACCAAACUACUGCUGACCUUUAUCUGUCCUGCUCUCCUACCAGAAACCUGAAUUGAAUUAUUAUUUUUUAAAUAAGAGAGCCUUAUUAUUACAUUAAGUAGUUUAUAGAUUGAGUGGUGACUUUACAUAUUACACUAUAGUCAGUCAGUCAGUAGGGACUUGUCUUGUAAACCAGAGGGUGGGUGGUUUUAGUCUAGCUUGAACAUGGUAUCAGAUGUUGACUGGAGCCAGUUCACUUUCUGGGCACUGCUGAGGUGCCCUGGAGCAAGCCACUGAACCCAACUGCUCCUGUGGUACUGCUACAAGGCAGGUUAUCACUCUCCACAUUUCUAUGUCCAUAGGUAUUGUGCAUGUGUUUGUAUUUUGGGACUAUGUGUGUAAAGAUUACAGUGAAAAAAGCAUUUCCCCAAUAUGGAUGAGUAAAGUCAAUCCCCUUUCAUGCCAAGCGCUUUGACACUGUCACUAUAGAAAUAUGAAUUCCUUUAAAAGUGAAAGUAUGUGUAAAGCACUUGUGUGACUUGUGCAAUAAACUCGCCUUCAGUUUA